AUGACACACAACGAAAAUGGGACCAAAAAUAAGCCGCAUUUAGUGGCUGUGUUCUACGGCAAGGGAUGUCCAGGCGAAAACCCCAAGUUUUACCUGAACGUUGACGGAAUUAUCAGAGGCGCCAGUGUUCGUCGACUCAAUGCAGACAGACAAGUUAUUCUCGCUUGCGGCAGACAGUACUCGCCAAAUGGAAUGUGCGAAGCUCGCUCCAAACUCAGACUUCGCGAUGCCUACAACAUGACAAUUAAAACGGAUAAGAAAAUCAUUCUGAACGUCAACUCGCCCGAAAUCCGCGAUAUCAACAACUACGAAGUGGUGGAAUUCGAAAGCCCCGAGCACAAAUGCACUCAAUUCGUGCACUACCUGGACAUCAAGAGAGUCGCCAUGGGGCAACUUACCCUCAAAGAUUUUCUCAAAGAAUAUCGAGCCAAGCCGGCCAAUAGACAGAAAAACUCGAAUAACAACGCUCUCUUCGCCGCGCACAUGUGUCAAGAUCUGCCAACACUUCUGCCCUACAGCGACCUUGCUGAACAAGAAAUGACAAUCACUGAAGAAGAAGACGUCGAUGAACCCCAAGUCGACCCUCCCAAGUUUGAACGCUGCCAAUCUGUUAUUGUGGCUAAUCCUAAGCAAGAAGCUUUCAAAGACUCGCCAGGCACAUCCUCCUUUCAACCUUUUUAG